GCACCAGUCUUCUUCGUUGCAGAAGUAGCAAUCUUCGAGAGUCACAGCAACAAUGGCCGCAAUGGCUGCUCUUCAGAGCUCCUUUACUUCUCUUUCUCUCUCCUCAAAUUCCUUCUUGGGUCAACGCCUCUCGUUCCCCUCCCUCUUCCCCUCCCUGGCUAAAUCAGUGGAGAAGCCAUGUCCUAUUGUUAUGAAGCUUAAGCGAUGGGAACGGAUAAAAUGCAAGCCAAACAGCCUCCCUAUAGUACACAAAAUGCAUGUUAAGGUUGGAGAUACUGUAAAAAUUAUAUCUGGACACGAUAAGGGUAGAAUUGGAGAGAUCACCAAAAUCUUUAAGCACAACAGCACUGUGGUAGUCAAAGAAAUCAACUUGAAGACCAAGCACAUGAAGAGCAGGGAAGAGGGUGAGCCUGGGCAGAUAAUCAAGGUUGAAGCACCGAUUCACAGCUCAAAUGUGAUGCUAUACUCCAAAGAACAGGACGUAGCAAGCCGGGUGGGUCAUAAGACACUAGAGAAUGGAACGCGUGUUCGUUACCUCAUAAAAACUGGGGAAAUAAUUGACGAUGCAGAGAAUUGGAAGAGAGUAAUGAAGGAGAAAGAAAAAACAGAAGUAGCUGCGGCUUCUUAAGAGGCCAGGUCAUGACUCCAAUCUUAAUUGUAGUUACUGAAACUCAUCAUUUCAAUUCUUCUCAUCUGUCUGUAUAAUCCCGAGCUUUUUGUUCAGCUACUUUUGUUAGUCCACAUUUUGCUGAGAGAAUAGCAAAAGAGGGGGGUAAAAAACAUUUUGUUCAUUCUUGCGUUUGUCCUGAAAUCGAUUCUACUGUUCUAAUUGUAGCUAGUGGAACUGUUCUACUUC